AUGUCAUUUGUGAUACUAGGAUCAGUGAUUGGAUUCAUUCUCUACACGUAUCUAUCUCACGUAAUCAUGAUGAGGCGACUCAAUCGAGAGUUAAAAGCGGCCAAUCUCAGAGAGCUCGUACAUAGAUCUGCUAUGAUAAUGGCUGGGUCUGCUCAAGAAAACGAUCUCAACAUAACUGAAAGAAGACAUUCUCUCAUCAACAUGUUCGGUAAUUUCCGGCUGUGA